CGCGAAGGCCUCGAGCGGCGCUCGCAUGCCGCCGCCGCACGCCGCACACCGCCGGCCUGCCGCCUGUGCUUCGUGAGGUGCGACGGCUUGGCUGCUGCUGCUGCUGCCGCUGCGCCCGUGCGGCCACUUGCUGUGCUGCCGUGCAUGCGGCGGGCGGCGAGGUGCGCCGCUGCUCUCCUGCCCGCCGUGCGCGUGCCACACUCUCCGCACGCCGCGAGUCCAACACCCCGGCGCACCGCUCCGCCCGCCGCCGCCCUUCAAAAGCACUGCGCCUCGCCUCGUCGCCUCUCCUCUUCCCCACCAUCAUCUACCAAGCUCUUCAGCCUCUCACCCCUCCUCCCACAACUCAUCCAUCAUGGCCCGCACCAAGCAGACGGCUCGCAAGUCGACGGGCGGCAAGGCGCCGCGCAAGCAGCUCGCCACCAAGGCCGCGCGCAAGUCGGCACCGUCGGCCGGCGGCGUCAAGAAGCCGCACCGCUACCGCCCGGGCACGGUCGCCCUUCGCGAGAUCCGUCGCUACCAGAAGUCGACGGAGCUGCUGAUCCGCAAGCUGCCGUUCCAGCGCCUCGUGCGCGAGAUCGCCCAGGACUUCAAGACGGACCUGCGCUUCCAGAGCUCGGCCGUCAUGGCGCUGCAGGAGUCGGCCGAGGCGUACCUCGUGAGCCUCUUCGAGGACACCAACCUCGCCGCCAUCCACGCCAAGCGCGUCACCAUCCAGCCCAAGGACAUCGCCCUGGCGCGCCGCCUGCGUGGCGAGCGCUCGUAGACGCCUGGCGCCGUCGCGCAUCCUCCACGCGCGACUCGCUCUCUCUCUACCUGCUGUACACCUCUUCUCGCGCUCUGCCCUUCUCUCUGGCCACGAUCACCCCCAUGUACGAUUAGCCCCGCCUGCAUCUCGAUUCUCUCUUCACCGCG